AUGCCGCCCAAAGGUUCCAGAAAAUCCGCCGUCGCGGCACCAAGCAAAACACUCGUCCUUGAUAACGGCGCAUACGCUAUCAAAGCUGGUUAUGUGCCGAGCGCGUCAGAGGCGCCCACGUACGACGAUUGCAGAGUGAUACCGAACUGCAUUGCGCGCAGCACACGCGACAAAUGCACUUAUGUCGGGUCAGACCUGGACGGAUGUAAGGAUUUCGGCGAGUUGGCCUUCAGACGGCCAGUGGAGAAAGGCUUCAUUGUCAACUGGGAAGCGGAGAAGGCUAUUUGGGAGCAUGAGUUCAUGGAGGCCGCAGUAGUGGAGGGGUUCAGGGUAGUUUGGACUGUCCCUGACCACUGGCAGUGUGACCCAAAGGAAACGAAUCUGCUAUUGACAGAAAAGCCAAACUGCCCAAAAGAGCUGCAGAAGAAUUGCGAUGAGAUUGUGUUCGAGCAAUUCGAGUUUGCAUCCUACUACAGAUGCGUUGGCCCUCGUCUAAACGCCUACCACCCAGCGAGCCCCGAGUCGCUCUCCAGUUUACCACAAGAGUGCUUGCUCAUCAUCGAUACAUCCUACUCCGACACAACUAUACUCCCUCUAUAUAGCGGCAGGCUCAUACAAUCAGCUGUGCGGCGUCUCACGGUUGGUGGGAAGCUGCUCACGAACUAUCUGAGGGAGCUGGCGUCGCUACGGCAUUACAACCUGAUGGAGGAGACGUAUCUUCUGAACGAGAUCAAAGAGGCUGUUUCGUAUGUCGCACCCUCUGCGCAGCACUUCUCAAGAGAUCUGGAACGGGCCUGGAAAGGGCGGCUCGGCAACAAGCGCGAGCUGGAUUCGAGCGUUGUGGUCGACUACGUGCUACCUGACUAUGAGACUGCUAUACAUGGUCACGCAAGGCCUCAUGAUCCCGCCAAAUCACGCAUGCGCAGAGGUCUGCAACCGUUGCAAGGGCCAAGAGAGGAUCUGCUGACCAUGGGUAAUGAGCGCUUUGCAGUACCAGAGUUACUCUUCAAUCCGUCCGAUAUUGGUAUACAGGAAAGUGGAAUACCGGGGGCAGUGAUGGAAUCUUUGAGUGGAUUACCAGAGGCGCUCAAGGUGGGAAUGCUGUCCAAUGUGGUUGUUGUUGGUGGCAAUUCGCUGAUCAAAGGAUUUAUUGAGCGCUUGGAGGAUGAGCUAAGAGCGAUCGUGCCGGCACAGUAUUUACUGAACAUAUCAGCCAGAGUUGCUGAGGGAGGUAUUGGUGACAAAGGCCGAUUCGGCGCUUUCGUGUUGCUCAUUGGUCAGUGUGCGGCGGGCGCCUUGGCGCGAUUUCCAUCUGCACUUCUCGAGAAUUUCCGAGCACUGUCCCAUCUCUACAUCUCGAUCUCGAUGCGCCGAAUACCGCGCCCUUCGCGGGCAAUUGAUCCAUCGACAGUCCUUCACUCGGCAGUACGACCACGGAUCUCGCCCCCAUCUUGCCACUGCAUCCGCACUUCGACCGCCGCAUUCUCCUCCACCCCCUCCAACGGCUUUCUCCUACCCGCGAAGCAAGACAAGAAGAAGCAUCAACAGUUCGUGCGAAGAUGGCAAAAGCGACUUCUCGGUGACUCUGAGCCAAUUGGCGCUCAUGUCGACCCCUACGAUCCCACUUCGCCUGUCCGGAUAGCACCUGAGGAACAGGGCGAGUACGAGGAAGUGCUCGACGAAGAGGGCGGCAAGAAUGAGGUGCUUCAGCAAGGGCGGCUCAAAGGCUUAGAGGCAGACACAUACAUUCCAGUAGAGGAGAGUGGCCGCUCACGACCAGGCGCCGACUUGCUGCAUGUUGGUGGAGAGGAGUGGCUCCAACAAAAGGUGGAAGCCGACAUGGCCCGGGAGUAUGAGAAGCUCACAAUGCGAACUUAUACGCCAAUGACGCUGGGAAUGGCCAAUGAGAUUGAGUCGCUGACAGGCACGCCCUACACAUUGCGGGAUGAUAAUCUCAUGAUGGCACAGGCGACUCAUGAUGUGACAGCACGCCCAUACACAAGUUACAAGAAGCUCACUCGCCCAGAGGACCUCCGCGCUCGUUUUGCGCAAGCUGUAGCCGAAGUAUACGCAUUGAAGGAGGCUGAUCUCGACUUGAAUCUCGCAAAGCUGCCAAACCGAGGCAUCUACGAUGUACCUCGAUGGGUGAAGGAUAUCAAGCUUCAGAAAGUUAAAAGCGGUGGGCUUACGUUGAGAUAUCCCGGGAACAAGAGUGCCAAGGACUUCCUCGAGGCCAUGCAGUCAGCCCCUGAAUGGGAGUCCGCAGCUGUGGAGGGAGAUGAAUUGUUAGUUGAAGGCGCUGAGGAUCUUGUCGAGCCAGUCUUGCCAGCGGAUGCCUUACCUACCAUGGAUCCCGCUACACCGGCCUUCAAGCGGGAGGCCGUCGUCAAGAUUGACCCUGAGAAGAAGCCUUUCGACUUCAUGUCGAAUCGCCCAGUACCACGUACAAAGCCUGCCGAGCCUACGAAAGUGGAAGAGGUGCUCGAGGUAGAAAUACCUACAGCUGAGCCUGUCGACUCCACCCCAUCACGUCGCGUAUUACAGCCGGUCGCCGAUCAUCUCACAGGCUCACCAAUACCCAAGCCCCCGAACAAGUCGACACCUUCGAAAAUCCAAUUAGAAGAAGUGCAAUGGCGACAUGCACCUAUUGACAACAACGCUAUUAAAUUUGCUCUGUUCAAGCGCGUCUUCCAACUCAUGGGCAUUCGCAUUUCUGAUCCACAUCUCACCUCUUCGACAACCAUUGGCCAGCUCUACGAUCAUGUCUAUGAAGCAGCUAAGCCGCAACCCACCAGCCUCUACAGCGCCAUUCACAUCGAAGGUGCCAAUGCACGGCGACGCGCGAAACGCUCAGAUAAUCCGAACCCAUCGAGGUCGCAACGAAGAGCUGACCUUGGUGAUCUUAUCACCGCUGGCAACGUGCAACUCCGCAAGAACAGGCCGACGAAGAUGGAAAUCCGAACGAAGACGGGUCAGGCGAAGAGCAUUACCCAAGGCACCCGGGACAUUCCUGAUUUCGGAAAGCCGUUGUCUAGUAAGAGCGUGAACUAUCUGAUCGAGCACAGAAAGAAAGACGCAAAGAAGCAGGAAGCAGCAGAGGUGGAGAAAAUGGGACAGCGAUGGGGUGUCCGAAUUCCCAAAACUUGAAUCAAGUCAAGAAUGGGGCUGAGUUGAUAAAGUUGGAAUUGUACAACAUACGCUUCUGAGAAGGGGAAUGUACAGUAUUGCAAAGGGCUAUGUUAGUUCGGCGAUCACGGCACAGAAACCAUCAUGAUUGACGUUCUGUUUAGUUUGAUAUGUUCAUGUACACAUCCUGCCUUUCGACUUCUCUACAUUAUGCAAGUUGGCAGUGCUAAUCUUU